CCGUGCCACACGGGCGCCGAAAAUGGCAUUCAGUAGUUAAGGCCUUAAGUUCCUGAAUGACAUUUUUUUCGGCGGAGCUGCCACACGUCGUAGUUAAAUGACAUUUGACACGAUGGUGUCGAUGGCAGCGUCUUCUGAAGUGAGCAAUUUUAUGGUAUUAAUUAAAAAAUAAAUAUGCAUUUUGAAGUUUAUGCAUUUAAAACUACCGUAGUAAACAGUGAAAUGUACAAAUAAGCAUACUAUGGUACGGUUAGCGUGAGUUUUUUUUACUGUCUUUUAGAAUCGACCAUAGCAACUCUGGCCAAUGUAUGUCAAAUCCGGAACCCAUAAACAAAAUGGCGCCUGCUCUAUCGCGACCGUUGCAACGCCGACCUGAGGAAAUUCGUCGAGCACAACUCCUGUUAGCUGCGUUAAUAUGUUUCCGCGCAAAAGAUCGUGCGGAACAUCGCAGACUCCAAGAGCAAAGAGAAGCUGUGAAACGUCAGAUCUGCGACGUAGAGCUUCAGAUGUUUUCGAACUCGUUCAACUUAGUUGCCGUCGCUACCAUGUUGAGCGCAACAGCCAGAUCUCGAUGGCGCUUUUCUCGCAACCAGCGGUGGUUUGAAGACACCCUGCCUAAUUUGGGAGAAGCGCACUUCAAGAGGUGUUUUCGUGUUUCACCAGCCACGUUCAGGUAUAUCGUGGAAUCUUGUCGCAGCGAUCUGCAACGUGUAGAUACUGUAAUGACCGAGGCCAUUUCCGUGGAAAAAAGAGUCGCCGUCGCUCUCUACCGUUUGUGUUGUACUGCGGAAGACAGGACGAUUUCAGAGUUAUUUUCACUUGGCCGUUCAACAGUGAACAAAAUAUACAAGGAGUUCUGUGCAGCCGUUCUGCAAAACCUUGAGGAAGCCUGGCUCAAGAUGCCUGCACCUGCAGACAUUGAAGAUCACAUGAGGGAGUUUCAUGCCAUGACUGGGUUCCCGCAAGGCGUUGGGGCGCUCGACGGUUGCCAUUUCCCGGUGUCGCCUCCGAAAGAACAUGCUUCAGAUUACCACAACUACAAGGGGUGGUACAGUAUGAUCCUGCUGGCAAUGGUCGACCACCGUUACCGGUUCCGCUACACAAACGUCGGCUCUCCUGGGCGAUGCCACGAUGCAUUUGUUUAUGGCAGGUCGACACUUCGGAAGCUCAUUGAAAGUGAUUUAUUUCAACGUCCAACAGUUGCCAUUGAAGGUGUUCAUGUACCUCCUAUUAUUUUAUGCGAUCAGGCGUUUUCACUGACAUGUAAUCUUCAAAAGCCAUACGCAAAUGCAUUACCAAACACACCUGAAUAUGCACUUAAUUACAACUUGUCAAAAUCAAGAAGAAUUGUGGAAAAUGCUUUUGGACGAAUGAAAGCCAGAUUUCGCUUUGUUAUGAAGCGCAUGGAAUGCAGUCUUGACACUGCCAGAUUGGUCAUUAGGGCAUGCUGUGUUUUGCACAAUGUUCCAAGAACGAGUGAAGCAGUCAUGGACAGGCCAGCGCCCGUGCAACGCCCUACGAAAGCCCAGUGCUUUCUCUUCAAUGUGCCGGUUUCAACGCUGGUUGACGCCAUCAUCGACUCCGUCGAAGAAGUCGUAGGUGCCGGAGGUUUGCAGUAUCUGCAACAUCACGGCGGCAACAAGUUCUUGGCAGCUGUCCGCUCCGCGGCUCAGGCAGCCAAGAUGGCGGCGAAAGGCUCUCUGCUACUCGCCAACAAGAUCGUACCGCUGGAACGCAUGGGCACUCCAGUGGUUUAUGUGACGGUGUAUCGUCUUCCACCCUGUGUGAGUGACGACGUCCUGACUGCUGCACUUGCACCGUAUGGGAAGUGCCGAGGCAUUUCCGAUGUUGUUUUCAAGGACAGGACGGACAUCAGCAAUGACAGCCGACUGGUCAAGCUCGAGAUGGUAAAACCUCCACCGAAUUUCGUCACGGUGACUGGCUUUCGGACGCAGGAUACAUUUCAGAUCAUCGAGCUUUCACUGUCGUGCUGA